AUGGUAGUAACACGAACCAGACGCCAUACAACCCCAGCAUCAGCUUCUCCUGCUGCACAACAUACACGACCUAAUCGACGAACGAGGACACGUGCCAUCACUGCGGCCUCAUCAAAGAAAAACAACAACAAUAAUAACGAUGCACUGGAAGCGGACAAAGAGAAUCAUGACAACAGCAGAAGCACAACCACACAUCCAAUGCAGUCGGAUGCGAAAGCCAAUGCAUCACUCAAUAAGGAUGCGCCGCUGACGACACGAGGUACAAGGAUUAUGCGCGAUACGCGGCGAACCCCUGCUACGACAACGACAGCAAGCAAUAACCCGACAGAAGACGAGGAGGUCGAAAGACCCCGCCGAGAGCGUGUUGAAGCUGUGGUCAUUGUCGAACACCCUCGGAAACUCAGGUCAUGGGAAACACUGGAUAAUAAUACUCGUGCGCACACAGAUGCGAAAAUUCCCAUAGAUCUUCACGAUGACUAUGCGCUCAACUUCGAGACCAGUAUGACAACGGAUGCCUUUACAACCGAUAUGCUCAAGGAUUCGUCGCCAAAGCUGCGGAAACACAACGAGGCGAAUGUGGAGAGCGGGAUUUCAGGCAAGAGCGACGAUCACAAUUCGAUGUUGUUCUCUCGACUCUCGCUCUCUCCGCCUCCCCCAUUACUCUUCGAUAACGAUGACGAGGAGGAUUACUAUGGCGAAGGAAACAGUCCGUGGAGGAUGAACUUUGAUUCCCGACAAUCGAGCUCAUGCAUGAACGACCAGUCCCGGCGCAGAACUAUUGAUUUUACGCUUUUAGAGCUGGAACCGGACGAACAGCAGCACAAGGACCGUCUUGAGUCUUCUUCUUCAGCAGCACCAGCAACAGCAGCAUUUUUGAGCUGGGAUAAGGACGGGGCGAUGGACGAUUACGAUGAGGAUGAUGAUCCGUUCGGAUUCUCAAAGGUCGAACGGAAGCUGCAGAGGACCAAGAGCAUGCGGCCGAAACUAUUGGCUAUCAACGAGGUCAAUGCCCGCAGCCCAGCUGUCUCUGCCUCCGCCAUGGCCGUCGACACCACAACCAGCAGAAUCAGCAGUCCAAGCACCAGCAUCGACAGGAGCACGAUUGAUGAAAAUGGACUUACCACUCGUGAGGCUGUUCUGGAGAGGGUUGCGAACAGGAGGAGAGGCGACGUCAAGGGCAAAGGGAAGAUUGUGGAGCAGGAUCCGCUUUCGAGUGAUAGUCAUGAUGCGGACAGGAGCCGGAGUGAGGCCGCAGAAUUUUCGGCAGAGGAUAUACAGAGAGCGGUCCAGCUGAGCAGGGGCUUGGAUGUGGCCAAUGGCGAAGGGUGUUCGAGUGGUUUAACAGCAUCAUCAACAUCGCAGUCUGGUGCUCGUACGACGGCUACCGAAGGCGAUAAUACAAUUCUGCAGGAAACAAUCGCCACAGACCAGGACGACGAAGAAACUUUGACUAGGAGCACGAGGCGUAUAUCUCGGCUGUAUGGAAAGGCGGCCGCCGUCGGUGUUCAGAAUGCCCAAACCUUGGCGGACACGACUGCUUCGACCGCACACAGCAACGCACAUACCCCAGUUCUUGAUGACAAUACCUACAGCCACGAUAUCGAGAUGGAAGCUGUCACCGAUAUUACCUCUACACCACCAAGGAAGACUCGUUCAGACGACUCUACGAAUUCGGACCUUUCAAUUCUUUCGAGCGAUUUCUCACCAAUAAUUCUUGAUCGUACACCUACAAGGAAACCGGAAGCCGGAAUGCCAAUGUCGCUGGAAUAUCCGUCCACAGGUCCGGGCAAAGGACGCUCGCGGCCAAAGAAGAAGUACAUGUUGACGGAACAACUUGAGGCGAUGCUACCACGACGUAGGAGGAAGCUGAAUAUGAUGAGCAAGAACAGGAACAACAAUGUGGUGGAUUUGGGCAGCAGUAGCGAGGAAGACGAGAAUGACUCGGAUGGAUCAAUUGGAUCGGCUUCGGAGGACGAGAGAGAGUCUUUGACGCGGUUACGACGCGGACGUACAGCGACACAUUCGGUGGACACGAGGCGUAGAGCAAGAACUUUGGGCAAGAAACGAUCUGCGCCUGGUGAACUCUCUAAGCCAGUAUCCAAGCGCGGCGGUGUCAAGGGUUCUGCAUCUGUGAGCGACAAGGACAAGCGCAAGGACAAGGGCAAGGGCAAGGCAGAGGACAGGAGCGGCUGGUCUGCAGAACAAUGGGCAGCGCAACAAGAGCGGAUCAAAUACUUUCAGCAGGUCGACGAUUUUGAUCUGGAGGUUGAGCCUAUCUAG